AUGAUGUUAACCGAAUGUCCGCCGCCGCAACUCAGCGCCGGCUUCAUGUUCCAGAGAGACCAGCGGAACGAUCGCAAAAAGUCUUGCGGUCUGUUUUUUUCCUGAUUGACAGAGUUAUCCUUCUUAGGAACUCCAGAGUGGUCCCUAUAGGGGCAACCUUAGGUUCCCUCUAGCGACCACUUUAUCAACCCCUAUAGGGGCCACUAAAGCCUGCAAAAGUGAUCCCUAUAGGGGUCAUUCUGGUUGAUGAUUGUUAUAAACUCUGUGCGAGGAAACAUUUCCAUGCGAAAAACUAAAUAAAUUUGGUGUUUUUGAAUGAAUCUGAAAAACCCCUAUAGUGACCACCUGAGCUUUAGAGGCUAAGGAGUCAGACCCUAAACCUCUAUAGAAACCACUUAUUCGACCCUCUGCGCUUUUAUGUUUUAUGACCUUCUUAGGAAUUCCAGAAGGGUCCCUAUAGGGCAACCUUCGAAGAUUUUGGAGGGCCCCCCUCUAGUGACCACUUUAUGAACCCCUAUAGGGGCCACUAAAGCUUGCAAAAGUGGUCCCUAUAGGGGACAUGCUUGUUACGAACUCUAAGCGAAAAAGCAUUUCCAUGGGAAAAACUGAAUAAAUAAGCAUUUUUGAAUGAAGUUGGAAGAUAUAGGGACCACUCUGGAAUUUCCCUAUAGGGACCACUCUGGAAUUUCCAAUUUAUUCUUCUUUUAGCUGGAAUUCUAGAUUUUUUUUUUGAAGACUUCCAGUAGACCUAGAAAAAAUUAGAAAAUGUGGCAUCCUUGAAAAAAAUUUACCGCUUUUUUUCUUUCUGCAAAUGGGACAUUUAUCGAUUUUUUUGACUGCCAAAAAUUCUUCUAAUAAUUUUUUUUCUGACGAAAAAAAUGGGAUAUCUUUUAAAAUUUUACUUUCUGCUAGGCCUCUUAAAUCUUUUUUUCCAGCUUAAACAUCGGAAAAUCCAAUUUUUCCUUUUAAAAAUCUAGGACUUUCGCGAUUUUUUGAAAAUGAGCUUCCUUCAACUCUUUCGAAACAUAUCUGAAAAUAAAGAAUUUUUUUUACCCCACAAAAAGAAUUUUCGGUAGAUUUUUUACCCGAACCCGCUCCUCAAUUCAUCCUGUAAUAUGUAGUUCCGAGAAUCCCCAACCUUUUUCGGAAAAGCCACAAAAACUUCACGUGAAAGCGUGCUCGACUGCACUUUUCCAUGAAAAUAUUUCCCCCCGAACGAUACCGUAACCCUGCCCUUUUGUUGUUUCUCCGCCUCUCUGUGACCUCUUGUUUCCGCGCACUGUCUCUCCUUUUUUGCACUUUCUGUUUUCCAUCCCACCAGAUGAUUUUCUAGUCGAUUCUACUGCUAAUCCAUGUUUUCGAAGAGGGCAAAGAAUGACAGGGGUAUUGCUCAUGUUAGCUGAUAUUUUUGGGUAUUUUUUUAAAAACAGCAAAUUUUCUUGACUUAUCAGUUUUUCAAAGUACUUUCCAGUUUUCUUUUGAAAUUUCUUUAAAAGCCGAAAGUUUUGGUAUGAAAUUUUGAUCAUUUUUUUCAAUUUCGAUACGUUUUCUAGCCAUAUUUCUGUCCAAAACAGUCCUACUGGGAAGAACUCCAAAGGCCACUCAAGAGGUUCCUCUGGGACUACUUGGUAAAGGUAGGGACCGCAAAGCCACGCCCCUUUUCGCGAUAGAAAAAGUGGCUUUUUUUUGGUUUUCAAGUUUCAUUUUGUUGUAGUUGUAAAAUAUGUGGAACUGGCGAAUAAAAUUUGACACACAUGUACAGAAAAGCUUCCUCUUUCGUUUAAAAAAUAUUUCACGCUUUUUUUAAUGCGUUCUCGCGGAAUGUCGUACAAAAAAACGUGAAUGGAACUAAAAAAAUUUUUGUCAUUUUUUUGCUUUUUUUUGUGUUUUCAGGUCGAACGCACUCUUUCUUUUUUUAUAUAAUGAUUUUUGAUUCAAGUAACGGUAAUUUUAAAACAAUAAAAUAAAAAAAUUCGUCUUUGCCAAAAAAAUUUUUAGGGAGUGCCGAAAGUCAUAAUUCAAAAAUAUCGUUAAUAAGCGAAUAUAAUCGAGUUUUUUUGUUUUUUUCAAAAAAGUUAGACCAUAGGCUUACUUAAAUUUUUUUCUCCACAGCAUAUGUGCUGGAAAAAGUUGUUUAAUACGCAAAAAUGCACUUGAAAAUAGAGAAUAAAAUUAGCGGCGUUUAUCACACAGAAAGCGGUCGAACGCAGGUUUUUUUCAAACGAUUAUAUACAUUUAUUAGUAAAAAAAUCUUUCAAUUAAAAAGAAUAAAAAUAAAAAAAUUCGUCUUUGCCAAAAAAAUUUACGGGGCCGUUUUAAUGCAGUGAUCGUUAAACGAGGCAAAAAGCACUGAAAAAAACAGUUUUUUUCGAAGUGAAUUUCCACGGAAAAAUUUGAGUAAAGAUUUGCGAACAUAUUCUGAUAAAAAAAUAGCUGAAUUACUUCAAAUUUUUUUAUUUUUUUGAAAUAGGCAAUCUGUGCUAUUCAAACGGCUCAAGGCUAUGGCGGAUGGAAGUUCCCCUCGCCAGACCUAACAACUGGCGCAGCGCGUGCGCUGCGAUUUUUUUCAUUUUGAGGUCGCGAGUUCGAUACCCGCAAGCGUCAGUUUUUUUUGUUUUUCUGGAAAAAUACCGACUUUUUUUCGGCAAACUAGCUAAUUUUUCAUCAUUAUAGAGCUCUAUUAUGAUUUCUUACAUUUCUUACAUCAUAAUAGACCAGUAUCAAAAACUUGUUCUAAAAAGAAAAAAAUCGAGAAAAAAAUGUCUAAAAUGGAUAACACCAAAAUUUCAGUACUAAAAAAAUGGUGCGCGGCGCGCCACAUUUUUUUCGUCAUAACUUUUUCAUCCUCAUUCUUUUCCGAAAAAAACUAAACGGUUCUGAGUUUCGAAUCGAAACAGCUAUCAAAACCAUGCAAAGCUCAAUGCUGAAAAAAAAUUUUCGAAAAUUGGUCUGCGGUCCCUAGGUAAAGGUACAUUUCCAAGUUCAUCGUUCGAUUCGCAAAAAAAAACUAUAUAAGAUACUGCUUUGAACUGAAACACCGUUUUUUACUGCCCCUAUGCCUUUAACUAUAGGGGCCACUCUAAGAUUCCUGAGAAAAAUUUUCAUAGGGUAUAUUUUGUCAAAAGUUGCGAAAUUCGGUCCAAAGUACCUAUUAAAAGACAAAUAGUAUGAAAAUGUGGAGCGAAACCGUUCUUUAGACUCGCCCUCGCGGCGGUUGUUUUGCGGGUGUGUCGUCGGUGCGAUGGAGCGCCGUUGUUUUGUCUCUCGUGCCCUCGUGUGGCGGGGACCCUCCUCGCAACUUGUUUUUCGUCACCGCCAUGCACGGGAUUUUGAAAGAGCGUCGGAACGCCUGGGGGAAACCCCCCUUUCUUUUGCGUCCGGAACUGAAAAAAAGCGGCGGAGGGGGCUGAAGUGACUCAGGAUUAAUGUCAUGAAGCAUGAAUGUUUACAGGCUGUACAGAUUCAGCUGAAAAUUUUGCGCCAAGAAAGUCAUCUACAGUUAGAAAACAGUUAGAAAAAUAAAAAAAUUUUUUUUUCACUUUACAAGGGAGGUAAUUUCACUUUGGGCUCGGGAACUUCUUGAAAUUUUGCCAGAACCCUUUUUGAUGUACCAGAAAAGGAUCCUGAAAUUUUCAAACCGUAUAACUUCCUAGUUUUUGAGAAAUAAGGGUUUAAAAACAACCAACUUCAACGGAUUUUUAGAAUUUUUUCGACUUUGAGGUGUUUUUUCUCAGAAACUAAAAAUUUUGGCAGGUUGAGAUUUUCAGAAUCUUCUUCUGGGACAUCAAGAAGUACUCUGGCAAAUUUCCAGAAAAAUCCCACCUCAGCAGUAAAAUGACCUCAGGAAAUGAGAAAAUUCGAAAAUAAGUCGACCGGUCUUCCAGAUCCCUUCAGAAGAAACUUUAUUAAUAUUUUUAAAACAUUGAAAAAUUUAUCUUGAAGAUGAGCUUUUUUUCUUCAUAUGAAAAAUGGUAAUUUCAACUUGAUGAUCCAAAAAAAUGAGAGAAUAAAUCCAGAACAAAUUAUUCACUUUUUUUGUUGAAAAAAAUCUCUUUUUUUCAGCGUAAAUCAGCCUUACGGAAGCUUUUUCUGAUUUGUGUUUAUUUCAAAGGUCGUUUAAUCAAGUUUUUUUAAAAUUUUUUUAAGUUUGUAAGUAGAAGAAGCUUUGAAGGAUUUCAAGAGCAAGGUAUUUUUUUGGCUUCUAGAUUUUUUGUUCAAAAAUUUUUAAUGGCGUCCCAACUUCCAUAGUCUGUUCAGAUUUUGAAUUUCAAGUAGAAUGACGUCAUUUGAAAAACGCUCUGUGGAUGGCUCGCUCUCUGAUUGGUUAAUCCCGCCAUUAGGGGGCGGAGCUUGAGCGACGAGUUGACAUUCAAAAUCUGAACAGACUAUAUAGUUUCUCUAGACAGUCAUUUUUCUCUGAAAAAUAAAUUUUCUACGAGGAAACCGCAAUUUUUCAACCUCCACGACUUUCCUUAACGAUCUUCGUUGUUACGAGCUUUCGAGCCGCUUGAUUUAUUAUUUGUGCUCACAUUGCUCAUGUUAAAGGAACGGAUUUUUUUCUGCGCAGCGUGGGAACGCUCCGCCCACUUAUUUCUUGUUCCUCCGUGGUUUGGGUCAAGUGAAAUCAAGAGCCGAUUUUUUUUUUCGAUUGACAUACUGACCAAGUUUUUUGGUAGGGGAAUUGUACCAGUUGGAGGACGAUAAGUUACGUUUUGAAGGGUGGAAUUUUUGGUAGGGAAGUUGAGAAAAACUUUUAUAACUUAAAAAAACUUUAUAUGCAUUACUGGUAGAGAAGUACUUCCAGGAGGUGUGAUUUAAAAAAAGGCUAAACUUCAAAUUUUGUUCUUUUCAAAUGAGUAGAAGAAUCUCAGAAGCUCCUGGGAAAUUCGAAAAUAUUACAAAAAAAUAAUAUCAAAAUAUAAAAAAAUAAUACAAAAAAAUUUUUUUAAAAAAAUAUACCUAUUCUUAAAUUUUGAAAAAAAUUCAUUAGAAAAAGGAGAACGGAAACCAAAAAUUCGACAAUUUUCGGUCAUUUUUGAACUGUGAAAAUUUUUUUUUACUGUUUUUAAAGGUUUGAAAAAGUCUUCAGUACGUUUCCUAUCUGAAAGUUAACUUCACGAACAAAAAAUUUCCCUAAAAACCUCAAUUUUUCCGUUUGAAUGACACCAAAUCCUUUCUUAAAAUCCUCAAUUUUUGAAGUUUUUUUUUCGAAACUCGCUUCAAGCCUCUGACAUCAGCCGCCUCGUACUCCGAUAUGAAAUGUUUUUCCAAAGGGAACACCCAAGCAAGCAAAAAAAAAAAGAGUGUUAGCUGAGGCGAUGCGGACGACCGCAGAGACGGUUGUUUUGGCGUCGCGCCACUCGUUCCGACUGGAAUUGUCGACGCCCAAGCUAAAUUGAGGGCUUUUUUUUGAAAGAGGGGACUACUACUUUUUGGACUGGGAACGUUCAUGAUUUUAUUGAUUUGGUUUUGAAACCUUUCGGAAGAAGAUUGAAGCUGCGAAAAAGGAACUUAAAAGGGAGGUCAUUUUACUUUGCAUUUUACCUGAAAAUUGGCCAAAACGCUCCUUGAUGUACCAGAAAAAAAUCCUGAAAGUCUCAACCUGCACAAAUUUCUCGUUUUUGAGAAAAGACGCCUCAAAAUCCAUUAAAAUAGGCCACUUUAGGCCCUUAUUUCUCAAAAAAUAGGAAGUUGUGCAGGUUGAGACUUUCAGGAUCUUCAUCUGGUACAUCAAAGACUGUUCUGACCAAUUUUCAGGGAAUUCCCAGCCAAAAAGUAACUUGACCUUCCUUGAGAAGGCUCCUGUUCUCUGAACUUGCAGUGAAACUUCCGAAAACGAUUAAAAUCAUUAAAAGCUCAUAAAUCUCCAAAAAAACAUGAAAUAAAUUUUUUUCAAAGAUUUUUUUAAAAAAAUCAGACUUUUUUUCUUGGAUGGUUGAAUAGAAAAACUUUCCAAUUUUCUUGAAAAUUCUUUGGUCUUUUUUUCCCCGACUUGGUCUACAUAAUCUUCAAUUUUUGUUUCAAAAUUUUGAUUCAGUCAGUCUUUUUUUUCCACUUUACAAAGAAAAACUAUAUAUUUUCGAUUGCUCAAAAAUAUUUUGUACCUUAUCUAGUGACUCAUUGUGACGUCCGCGAUCAAUGUAUGAUAAAAAUAAUCUCUUAAAGUGGGAAAUAAACUCCAAUUUGCAGAUUCGGACGAGUUCCGGAAGCGGUCAGGAACGGUGGGCUCGGGCAAAGGAUCCGAAAAGCGUUGGCCCAAGCGCGACGUCGGGCCAAGUCUAGAGCUCAGGUGCUGCAUCGAUCAAGAGGUAUUGAUUGAAGGACUUCAAAUUCGAACAAUGCAUUUCUUCCGCCUAUUAAUGCCCAUUCGCGGAAUUUUCUCGUUAAAAUUUGAAAAAGCAGGGUGUGCACGCCUCAUUUUGCAAAUGCGGCGCGGUUUAUCUAUUUUGAAGGACACUUCAGGGGAAUUUUGAUUUUUCAGCACUUAUGCUUCUCUAAUGUUUUUUUCUUUAUUUUCUCUAUGGUAUCUUCUUUUUCAGGUUUUACGGAACAAUGUUGACCGCCACUGUUUUUUUCGAAGACGAGCAGGUAAUCAAAAAUUAAAAAUAAUAAUAAUAAGUUUUUUUCUUUUUGAAGGUUCGAAUCAAUGGAAGUGUGUUCACACGGAGAACCAACUACGAUAAUUUGCUAUCGGUUGUGCCAAAGUCCAAAUUUAAUGGGAUUCAUAUAAAGGUUACCUAUAAAAUAAUUUUCAAAAAGAGACUAAUUUUUGGUUUCAUUCGAAUACUCCCGUUUUUCACAUUUUUUUCAAAAUUUCUUUCGUAAUUUGAUCUUUUUUUAUUCUUAAUUUUAAUUUGAAUGGAGGACUUAAUUUUCUCCUUGGAUAUGAAAUUGAAUAUUUUUUCCAGAUGGAAGACGAUUGUCCACAGGGCGGAGAUGACAUUCGGCUUUGUUUGUUGAAAACUUUGGGUGCCAAUAAUUUGAGAUCGGUGCCUUGCGUUUGCUGCUACGCAGAUAUGAAGGUUCGUUUGUUAAAUAAUUGAAUAUUUCGGUCGCAAGGAGAAUGGCUCGAUGCGUAGCGGUUGCGAAGCGGCUAUUUCUGAGCCCGUGGAAAAAAAUCUAGAAAUCUGAGGUUUCUUUGCGAUUUCAAGUUGAACCGCUGCGCAUCCGCGACGCUUUGAGCCAUUCUCAAUUGGCCUGAAAGCUAAAGAUUAUGAAAAUUUUCAAAUUUAGGUAUAUAUUUUUGAAAAUAAUUAAAGGUUUUCGGUUUUCUGGAAUUUUUCGAAAUUAUUAUUUUUUUUUUUCAAGUCCGACUUAUACUAUACAGUUGAUCACUUCAGGACCAACUUAAUGUUUUUACGAAUUUUUUUCUCAGGAUUUAAUUUUGAUAUAUAUUCGAAUAAUAUAAUCCAUUUUAAGGUUUACGACAAAUAUCCACUGCUCGACGGCGUUUUCUACCUUUCCUCCGUUUCUCAAUAUGGCGCCAAGACGGAGGUUUGUUUUUAAAGAAUUGCUCAUUUUUACGGCUCCACAAGUGCUUGAAAAUUUCUGAUUUUUUCAAACUUUCUAGAAAAAAAAAUCAAUGAAGUUUGAAGUUUGUUUUAAAAAAAAAACACGAUUAUGUAUAGUCCGUUCAGAUUUUGAAUAUCAAGUAGAAUGACGUCAUUCGAAAAUGCUCUGUGGAUGGCUCGCUCUCUGAUUGGUUUAUCGCACCAUUAGGGGCGGAGCUUGAGCGACGACUUGAAAUUCAAAAUCUGAACAGACUAUAUAUACCUAGGUCAGACCCCUAAUCCCUUAAGGGACCACCUAAAUUGUAGCCCUCUGGGGAGCAUUUUUUGCCCCUUGCAGGGGCUGUUUUUCCCCUAGCACUAUAGGGACCACUUUGUCAUUUCUAGGGGUAAAAAUAAAAAAAAUGUCUGCUCAAAGUUCCUCGCUGUAAAUUUUAAAGGAGAAUGGGAUAAUUUCAUAAACGUUUUGAAAGGAAAGUUCAUUUACAGUAACUCGAGAAUUUUUUUCGGAAGAUCUUUUAGAAAAAAAUAAAUUCCUUAUAUCUGAAUUUACCUCAGUAAUGUAAAUAAUUCAAGAUUUUCUCGAAAUUAUGUCGGCGACGAUUAAAAUUUGGCACUAUUUCAUAUUUUUUUCUUCUAACUUUCAGAAUACAAUUUUUUUGAGAUACUUUGUGAUUUUAGAUUUCAAAAAAUCAGACUGAAACUUCUUGGUUAUCAUAGGAAUGUUUUGAAGGUGUUUCUGGACGGCCGGAAGUUCUUUCUGCAACAAUUAUGCGUGAAAUGCCUCUGGUCGGAUUGGUUCUGUCGGACCUGCGGACAAGGUCUUUGGACUAUUCUUCAUGAUUAUCAUGAUAUUUUUCUCAGGAAAUUGGUUUGCUGGUCGCGCCAUCAUCCUCGGUACCCUCUACUAUUACGAUAUUUGUUGGUUUUUCCUUCUUAUUUCAGGAUUUUACAGGCUUUUGGAACUAAAAUUCAAAUAUUAGCGUGAUAAUUUAUUUUUUUACUGUCAAACUAGUCCUGUGUAAACUAUUUCCCUUAAGUUUUCACUUGAAAAAUUAAAAUGUGACUUCCAAGCUGACGAAAUUCCAGAAUAAAUGGUUCUUGGAUAGAAAUUAGGAACAAUUUUCUACUGAAAAUUCCAGUUUUUAUGAUUAAAUUUCGAAAAUAGCCACAUUUUACGAAUUUUUUAGGAUAUUUAUAGUCCUCUAACUACUAAAGUCAUACGUUCGGAAUUUCAGGUUCAUAUAUCGAAAAUCAAGAAAAUUAUCAUUCCUGUUGUGACCGACUUAGGAACUCCAGAGUGGUCCCUAUAGGGGCAAUCUUUGGGGCUCUUGGAGGGUCCCCUCUAGUGACCACUUUACCAACCCCUACAGGGGUGGGGAAGUCAGACGCUAAACCCCUAUAGGGACCACUAACGCUUGCAAAGAGGCCCCUAAAGUGGACAUGCUGGUCGAAAAUUGUUAUAAACUCUAUGCGAAAAAAAUUAAGCUUUUUUGAAUGAAGUUGAAAGACCCCUCUAGGGACCACUUGAGCUUUAGGGGCUAAGGGGUCAGACCGUACAUCCCUAGAGGGAUCACCUUAGUUUUACCCCUAUAAAGACCACUUGAGCUUUGGGGCUAUGAUGUCAUACCCUGAACCCCUACAGGGAGCACUUUUCGGCCCCUUUAGGAGCUCUUUGCUCCCCUAACCCCUAUAGGGACCACUCUAGAAUUCCUAGGGAAGUUUCGAGAUUAUAAUUUGCCGUGACCCUGUGCGUCAAAAAUCAGCUGAUUCAAGAAAUUUUUUUCAAAUCUACUAAAAAAAUUUUCAAAGCCAUUCCCUCUGCGAAUCAAACUCUGAACCGAAAAAAACUACCGUAACGAUUACAGUAUCCGCCGGCCGUUGCUGCCCACCCUCCUGCAAGAAAUGCAAAUCGCCGCUGUUGGUCCGCGACCAGCUCACUCAGCAACUCACCAAUGUGGGUACUAUGGUAAUCUACAGUACCCGCUCGAUUACCGUAUGCUACCGUAACCUCGUCUGCAGGGCAACUAUGCGUCGAUCAACGAGCCGUUGACGUGUUCGGCGUGCGGCGCCCACGACUUCCACCUCGUCCGCGACCUCAGAUGUUGCGCUUUGAGCGCCGUCGAUCCCAACAAACCUUGA